AUGAUCAUUGACAGCUCCCCCAUCCCCUCUUUCACUCAGCUUCACUCCACCAUGACCAGAGCAUCUCUCCUGCUACUAUGUGUUGCCCUGGUGCUGCUUUGGCAUGUGAAUGGAGCCACACUAAGAAACAAAGACAAAUGGAAGCCACUCAACAACCCCAGAAACAGAGAUCUGUUUUUCAGAAGCCUUCAGGCAUAUUUCAAGGGCAGAGGUCUUGAUCUUGGAACAUUUCCAAAUCCUUUCCCCACGAAUGAGAAUCCUAGACCUCUCUCUUUCCAAUCAGAACUUACUGCUUCUGCAUCUGCAGAUUAUGAAGAGCAGAAAAACUCCUUUCACAAUUAUCUCAAAGGCUGA